AUGGCGCCUGUCUCUCCAGCUUCCUCCUGCUCGGAGCCCGACCAGCCUACUCUGGCUGAUAUAGGGGCAGAAAUCAGGAGACUGAAAUCAGGAGCCAAUAUGGUCACCAAAUGCGACCUACAGUCCCUGACAGCCACCCUCACGACCUCCCUCACGUCAGCGGUCACGGCACUGCGCACAGAUAUGGAGGCACAGGGCGGACGCAUCCAGGCAUUGGAAACCCAGGCCCUAGAAUCACAGCACCAAGCAACUGCUGCAGACACAGCCUUAACAAGGCAGGGCAACAUGCUGCUGGCCCUGCGCAGACAAAUAGAGGACCUGGAUAACCGGAGCCGCCGCUCAAACAUCCGGGUAAGAGGGGUACCAGAGGGUGAGGGGCCGGAAAAUGUAGAGGAGCUGCUCACCGCGCUCUUCCUCCAAAUCCUGGGGACUGACGCACCGCCAAAUAUACGCUUCGAGCGUGCACAUAGGGCCCUGAGACCCAGAAUUAGAGAUGGGGACCCCAGGGACAUUAUAUGCUGCUUACAUUCAUUCCCCCUUAAAGACCGCAUAAUGCAACGGGCCAGGACUAGACCCACGUGGCGCUAUCAAGAGGCAGAGGUCUCCCUAUACAACGACCUUUCUCCUACCACGUUAGAAGCUAGACGCGCUCUCAGACCUAUCACUACAGCAUUGAGGGAACGCAAUAUCCCGUACAAAUGGACCCCUGGACCUCUGGACCGAGAACCCAGAACCCAGAGAUAA